GAAACUAAUCCCCAUUUUGACUGUCAAAUUGUUUGCCUCUAACCAGCAGCGGGUGUCCUUUUUGGGGUGGGCAAAGCAGAAGCGAAGACGUCUCACCGGCCGUUGACGAAGGCUGUUUCCGAGAGGGACGUUCUUUGGAGAGUUUGAGUUCCAAGAUGGAAAACCCCAGGAUGAAAAAGGCACCAACCAUUGCUGCUCGUGAGACGGGACCUGGACCUGGGUGCUACAGUCUGCCGCCUACAGUUGGGUUUGUCAACCACGACUACACUCGCUUCGCCAACCCGGCUUACUCCUUCCACCAGAGGCUCAAGAAUGGGAUAUAUUUGAAGGAUUCAAGUCCCGGCCCCUGUUACUAUGUGGAACCUGAGGUGACGCGCUUCGGCAGAGCUAGGGGUCCUUCCUAUUCCAUGCUGGCCCGACUGAAAACUCCAAGUCUCCCUCUGACCCCUGGACCGGGUGCGUACAGUCCAGAGAGGGCCUUGCCUACAUCCCAACGGAGGCCACUGUCCUUCUCCAUGGGUGCCCGCACCAAGUACCGCCUGGUGGACCCCAUUCCUGCCCCCAACAGUUACACCCUUCCCUCGCUGCUGGGCCCAUGGGUCCCCAACAAACCCUCCAGCCCAUCUUUUACUUUUUCCGGUUGCACCACCAGGGGUAGCUACUCCCAAGAUCUCUCCCAAAUGCCUGGCCCAGGACAUUACAAAGUCACAGACUCCAGUGUCUACUUGUGCCAUCCUCCGUCCUUCUCCAUGCUGGGGAGGUUGAAGAAGCCCACAAGGGGCCCUCAUACUCCAGGCCCGGGGGCGUACAGCCCUGAGAAAGUGACGGCUCACAUGGCGCGAGCCCCUGCGUACUCCCUCGGCAUCCGCCACUCGGAAUAUCUCCUGCCUCUCAUCCUAGAUGUUCCAGAAUGGUAGCGUCA